UUAUAAUGGCUUUCAAGAAAAGAUUGAUUCUCAUUAAUUUCACUACUGUAUCGAAGAAAUCAUUUCUUUGAUUUUUAACUUCAUGCAAAGAUUGCCAAAAAGCCAUGUUCAAAAAGCUUCAAUGGAAAAGACUUCAAGGGUUCACGAGGAGUACUAUUGUGUAGACUUCAAAAGGGAUUCUCAACAAUAGAAUUCAAGGAGGAAUCACAAGAGUUCAGAUCGAGUGGUUUUGCUAAUCAUAAUUAAACACAAAGCAUAAGUAAUUGAAUUACUUGAAGAGACAAGGCAGGCUGAACGAAGGUAUAAAGACUGCGAAUUUGGUUCUGAAUGUCAUUGCAAUCAUCAUCCAUGGCUACUAGGUCGCCUCCUUCCAAUCAGGAUAUCAGUAGAACCGAAAUUCAAGCGGCAAUUGCCAAGGCUGCAGAGCUUCGAGCACUUCAUGCUGCAUUGCUCCAAGGAAGCAACCAUGGGAAACUUAAACCUCACAAAUCUCCUUCUCCAGCUGUUUCUAGACAUUCUCCUCAGCUCUCUGCUCAGGACUAUCCUGUUUUCACACCCACAUACGAUGAGGAAACAGUGCCUGUAUAUCACCAUAUUCAGUUGGACCCAAGGCGAAAGUCCUUGAAUUGGGAAGAUGGACAAGAAGAUGAGGUUGAAAGCAUAUGUACAGACAAAGGAAGCCCUUUGGUUGCUGCAAGAAGACCCUCUGGGUUGUUUAGCAGAGGACUUGCUUUUUCAAUAACAGAGCAAUCUCUAAGCACAAAUUCCUCAACUCAUCAUGCUGCUGGUUUGCUGUCUUCCUUCGGAAAUAGUAAUCUCCAAUUGUCCAGACUUAGUGAAAUUGACGGCAUUGACAGGAAAAGAACACCAAAUGAGGCAGAGAGUAGUGUGUCCUGGAAUGGAUGCAAACCUGCCGCUCUUGUUAGAGAAAACACAACUGUGGUCCCUUUAACAGAGUCCCAAGAUUCAGUCGAGUUGCCUCGAAAGGAAAAAACUAGCAAUAAUCUACUCAAAUCUUGGCUAUUUUUUCGAGCCAAGAAAAAGAUUAGUAAAAAUAACUCUUCUCAAAACAAGGCUGAGCCUGCCGUCUUCUAUAAAAGCAUGGAGGAAUGGGCGAUGGCAUUAGAAUCCUUGAAACAAAAACUGAUGGAGGCUAAUGAGAACAGGGACACUGCAGUAGCUGAGGUUACAGAGUUGAGGUCAUCCAUGGAUGAGCUUGAGAAGAAAUUGAGGCAAUUAGAGUUAUAUUGCAAAGACCUCAAAGAUGCAUUGAAUCAGACAGUCCAAGAUGGCAGUGUAGCAGAUUCUGAUAAAACUGGCAUGAGAAAAUAUGAAAAUGCAACCUUAUACAGAAAGCCUGAUAAUGGUGGUAAACAAAAUCCUUUGCCUGUUACCACCGAGACAAUGAUCGAAGGUUUUAUGCAGAUUGUAUCAGAAGCAAGGGUCUCUGUAAAACAUUUCUGCAGGACACUUGUAACACAAAUACAGGACCUAGAUGGUAAGGCAAUGGAAAAGCUUAGUCUACUUUUGCAGCCUUAUAAUGUCAGUGUUACUUCCAAGGUAAAACGAAGUUUCCUAUAUCAUUUGGAAUCUCUCAUAAAUCAGGCCCUCUACCAAGAUUUUGAGAAUUGUAGCUUCCAAAAGAAUGGUGCUCAGAGCAUUCUAGAUAUACAAGAACAUUGCAAAGAAAAUUUUUCAUCUUAUGCUUCACUAAGAAAUUUGAGCUGGAAUGAAGUUCUCAAUAAGGGAACCAGAUAUUACAGUGAAAGUUUUAGUCGAUUCUGUGAUCAGAAAAUGAGCUUGAUUGUUUCCAUGUUGAACUGGACAAAAGCUUGGCCAGAGCCACUGUUACAAGCAUUUUUCAUUGCAGCGAAAUGCAUAUGGCUUGUGCAUUUGCUGGCAUUUUCUUUCAAUCCAUCCUUAACUAUAUUCAGGGUUGACAAAGGCACUAAUUUUGACCCUAUGUAUAUGGAGGACAUUGCUACGGAGAGCAAUAAGAGGCAGGUUCCUACAAAAGUUCGAAUUAUGGUGAUGCCAGGUUUUUAUGUCCAUGAUCGCAUACUGAUAUGCAAGGUAUUGUGCCGGUACAGAAUUGGAGCCUGAAGACCAUUUUUCCCUGACCUUAUCUUCAUGUCAAUGCAUACUAUUGUUGGAAUUCUUUGUUUAUUGAUACAGAUAGUGUAUCAAUAAAUUCUGAAUGCUCAUGAUAUACUAAAUAUUUAUGAUGUUUUGGGCUUUUAAGGUAAGAGUUUUGAAAUAUAAGAGGAGAAAGGCAUAGGUACUAUGCCACCUAAAGUGUAUCAUCCUGUAAAAUGUCACACGUUGUAACCUGCAGAUUAUGUUCUUGCUGUUACAUUCUUUGUAGCAUGAUUCUUUGCUUUGGAAUGCAGAAUUGAACCUGUAGUUUUAUGGGUCAUUGAAUAUAAAGUGAGUUGUACUUGUAAUAAACUAUUUGCUUUCA